UUCAGACUCAAGUGUUAACAAUGCACUUCACAACUGCGUGUCUUCUAUGUUUUGCUGUGUGCAUCUCCAUUAGUGAAGGGCAUACAAGUGACUACAACUAUGAUUACUACGAGUCAAACUGUAAACUGUCAGAAUCCAUCAGUGGAGGGACAGUGACGUACUCAAAUGAAGGUGCUGUUGGGAGUGAGGUAACUUAUCAAUGUAAAGAUGGAUUCAAGCCUUACCCAGUCUCCAAAAAGGUCUGCAGCUCUAAAGGAAUAUGGGAGCCCAAAACAUCCAGAAUGAAAUGUGAAGAGGAAUUUGAUUACGGUGAUUAUGAGGAGCCCCACAAGAACUGUUCUGAGGCAGAGGUCAUUAAGGGAGGCAGUGUGUCCUAUUCCAGAGGAGGUUUAGAAGGCAGUGUGCUGACAUAUCACUGUAAGGCUGGACACUACCCUUAUCCAGUCAAUAGCAGAGUUUGUAACUCUGAAGGGGAUUGGUCAGUCAUGGUGCUACCUAAUGGCAAGAUAGUGUCCACUGCCACAUGCAAGGAGGUUCUUUGUCCAGCACAGCUACAGCUGGAGAAUGGGGAGUUCUUGCCCAGAAAACAGUGGUUCAAGGUCGGAGAAACACAGGCGUUUUCAUGUAAAGAGGGCUAUGCCCUUCGUGGCUCAGUCCAGCGGAACUGCACAGAAUUGGGGCAAUGGACAGGGACCACUCCAGUGUGUGAUGACCAAACUGAGGACUGCAGAAAUCCGGGCACUCCACCUGGAGCCAUGCGCUCUGGUAGCCGUUUUCGCAUUGGGGACAAGGUGAAAUACCGCUGUCAGUCAGGCCUGGACUUGCUGGGGCCUGAUGUGAGAGAGUGUCUGAAUGUAAGAGAAUGGAGCGGACCAGAUCCACGCUGCCAGGCUCAGUACACAUUUGAUCUACCAGAAACUGUGGCUCAGGCUAUGGGUGGUUCUCUGUCUGCUGUAAUGGAGGUUUCAUCCCCUGAGUUGAGAAAGAAAGAUCAAGGCUUUGGGAGAGCCAUGAAAGUAGCAGAGGGUCGUCUCAACAUUUUUAUCCUGCUAGACACCUCAGGAAGUAUUUCAGAGGAAGACUUUACAAAGGCAAAACAGGCCACUGCUAAUCUUAUAAGAAAGUUGGGCAGUUAUGAUGUUGAAAUGAAGUUUGAUAUCAUUUCCUACGCCACCGAGCCUAAAGACAUUAUAACCAUUAUGGACCCCAGCAGCAGCAGUGUGGACUUUGUUGUAAGGAGAUUAAUGGAUUUCAAUCACACAAGCCAUGGAAAAAAGACGGGCACCAAUCUGUAUAAUGCCCUAAAUGAAGUAUAUAAAAGACUAGCCUGGCUUAAAGAACAGAAAGAUGGACGUUUCAAUGAGACUCAGAAUGUCAUUCUGAUUGAGACUGAUGGUUACUCCAACAUGGGAAACAACCCACAACACAUUUUGUCUUUUAUCCGGGAGCUUUUGGGUUAUAAAGGCAGUGCUAUAGAUAACACAGCAGAGGAACUCCUUGAUGUGUAUGUAUUUGGCAUCGGGCAAAACGUGAAGAGAACUGAACUGAAAAAUAUUGCAUCUAGUAAGAUCAAAGAGCAGCAUCUGUUCGUGCUGAGCAGUUAUACUGUCCUUGGAGAAAUUUUCAACAGCAUGAUCAAUGAUACUGCCGUAACCAAGUGUGGAGUAGCUAAGGAGCAUGAUUUUAAGACUCUUCAAGCUGGUAACACCAGGCCUUGGCAAGUCGCUAUUACAUGGAAAACUAAGCCAUGUCAGGGAGCCAUUCUGACAGAGAACUGGAUAAUCACAGCUGCACACUGUCUGAUAAAACUGAAUGGAGGAGAAGUGGAAAAUGCCACAGCCAGCGAAGUACAAAUUAUGCAUGGAAAUGGAAACACAAAAGCCUCAUCUAUAAUUCUUCAUCCAGACUUCAAUAUCAAUCGCCUCAGAAACAAGAACGUCAAUGAGUUUUAUGACUAUGAUGUUGCACUGAUUUAUGUGAGCAGUAAGAUUAAGUUGUCUUCUGAGGCAAGGCCCAUCUGUCUGCCGUGCACAAAAGCUUCAAAUCGAGCUCUCAAAAUGAGUCCUGACUCCACCUGCGAGAAACAUGAAAACUCCUUACUGGAUCUGGGGGAGACUCAAGCGUACUUCAUCAGUCAGGGCAAAACCCGCAAACAAACUCACAUCCAGAAUAAUGAAAAGAGAAAGAACUGCAUUGACCAAUUUGGACCAGCUUUAUCUUCAAACAAGCUGGUAAAUCUGACUGAUGUCGUCACCAACCGGUUCUUGUGCACCGGAGGAUCGGCAGCACACAAAGACGAACUCACAUGCAAAGGUGAUUCUGGGGGUCCACUAUUCCUUCGUAAGGGGAUGAGAUAUUUCCAAGUGGGAGUGGUGAGCUGGGGCACCAAGUAUGUGUGUGAUUCCAAUUCCAAGCCCUCUUCUGACAUUCCCGAAGAUGCCCGUGAUUUCCACAUCAGUGUGUUCUCUAUUAUACCCUGGCUUAAACAGCAUCUGGGCAAGGAUCUGGACUUUCUGCCCAUCUGAAUGAAUUAAUUAGUAUAUACAUAUACAUAAAGAAAGCCUUCUUUGGUAUUGUAAUAACCAAUAUAUAUCAAGAUAUCGAAACA